UAUGGGUUCCUGGCAGGUAAAAGGGAUUGUUCUCAUUUUCGGUCUCGUGCUGGUGAGCGCGGGCGGACAGUAUUGCAGCCGUGACCUGUGCCCUCACGGAGGGCCUCACGUCGGUUGUGACGCACCACCGUACGCCGGGGGAUCUCGAUGCCGUGGAAUGGGAGCUGCCAGGAAGGUGGUGCUUUCGCCACAGAUGCAGUCAUACAUUCUAGACCAGCACAACCUCAACCGGUCCAACUUGGCGCUGGGUAAAAUCCGACCCUACCCGCAGGCAGUCAAAAUGCCCACCCUCGUGUGGGACACGGAGCUGGCCGAGCUGGCCGACGCGAAUGCACGCUCCUGCAACUACGGUCACGAUCGCUGCCGCGCCACCAAGCAGUUCCCGUACGCCGGCCAGAACAUUGCAAUCACGAAGUACUUCGGCUACAAGUUCACCGAGAAGCAGCUGGUGCUGAAGUUUAUCUCCAGCUGGUUCGGCGAGUAUCUCGAUGCACGCCCGCAGCACGUCGCCAAGUACCCCACGUCGUACAAUGGAAAACCGAUCGGACACUUCACGCAGAUCGCUAGCGAUCGCAGCACGAAGGUAGGAUGCUCCCUGUGGUUCUGGAAGGACGGCCAGUACGACGUUUACUACUUCGUCUGCAACUACUCGGUCACGAACAUUAUGGACAAAUCGGUGUACCAAGCCGGGCCAGCCGCGUCCAAAUGUCAACGUGGUCGGAACUCCAAGUUCCCAGGACUCUGCAAUCCGGGCGAGAAACCACGUACCCUGAUGGACUCGUAGGGAAUCUAAAGCGACCCCGGAACAGUCGGGUUUAUUCUCGGACACAAUUUACCGUUCUACAGCUGGACAAUGGAGAUUGGACUGUCAAAAUUAAUGCAAAGACAUGAUGUCGUAAAAUUAAACUGAAUAUAAUUCCAUGGAAACAAU